CCGUCCCUUUUGCUGUUUUCGUCGUCGCCCGCGUCAACAGGAUGGCCCCGUGUGGGGCAUUGUCCACGUUGCUCCCGACGAAGUGCCUAUGGACGAUCUUCCCGCUGAUGCUGUUUCGCCUGCACUUGAAUCCGUCAUGUCCGAGACCGCCCGGACUCCUCCCGUCCGCCCCCAAUCCGCUACCCGGAACGCUCCGCGUGUGGGCCCCUACGUUCUAGGGAGAGAACUGGGUAAAGGGUCGACCGGGCAAGUCGUCCUCGGGACGCACACUGUUACGAAGACCAAAGUGGGUAUCAAGAUCGUAGAUCGAACCCACCGAAACAAUGGCGGCAACGGCCGAUACCUGACCGGCUCCGAAGCUGAGCGCAUUCAGCAUCGGAAACUAGAACGCGAAAUCACCAUUAUGAGACUCAUCCACCACCCCGCCAUCAUACAAUUGUAUGAUGUGUACGAUAAAGAGAACUGGCUCUUUCUUGUUAUGGAGCUGGUAGAGGGGGGUGAAUUGUUCGAUCACAUCAUCCAGCGUGGCCGACUGCCAGAGCCGGACGCGUUGAAGUAUUUCCAGCAGAUCAUUUACGGCCUCGAAUACUGCCAUGGCUACAAUAUCUGUCACCGCGAUUUGAAGCCGGAAAACCUUCUCCUCGACCGUGAGGGCAACAUAAAAAUCGCCGACUUUGGCAUGGCUUCGUUGCAGCACUCCGGUGCACUUAUGAAGACCAGUUGCGGGUCCCCCCAUUACGCAUGUCCAGAGAUUAUUCAUGGUGACAAGUACGACGGCGCCGCGGCGGACAUUUGGAGUGUCGGUGUCAUCCUGUUCGCGCUCGUCACCGGCAACCUGCCUUUCGAUGACAAGAACGUGCGCCUCUUGCUGGACAAGGUUAAGGCCGGGCGCUACGCUAUCCCAGAUAUCGUUGGCCCUGAAUGCAAAGACAUGAUCAGGAAGAUGCUGACAGUAAACCCCGAGCGACGCAUUAAGAUGCCUGCCAUCAAGGAGCAUCCGUUUUUUACUUUAUACGAGACCGGUGUACAACCUAACCCACCUCAAGAAGAUCAUAACGAACUCCACCUUGAGAGUGGCGAGGCGCUUGAUGAAGAUUGCGUGAAGUCGUUGGUGCAUCUCGGAUACGGCGGCGAAGACCAAGUCGAAGAGGUGGUCAUCGACAAGUUGCGGGACGCAAAACCGCACCCCGCAAAAAUGUUCUACAACUUGUUUUUGCGUCGGAAGAUCGAAACAUUCGAAAACUACGACCCUCUGAACGACAUCAACUGGGAUGUGGAGGGAGGGCCAAAACGUCGAACGAGCUCUCUUCUCGCCUUAACGCCGACCAGCGCGCAAGGCUCAGCGGUAGACCUCGCCCACGGGUCGGCUCUCUCCCUGGCAGGCAGGUCAACCGACGAGCUCCGACGUUCGACGGACAAUGUGAACGUGCGGAGCUCCCGGGAGGAGCACCCGGGUGCGGCCUCGAGCAGCACCACCGACCUCCCGGCGGCGUUGGGGGCGUCAGCUCCUCGUCCGUCGGGAGAGGCGGGAGCGACGGCCGGGCCUGUCGGCGGUCCAGGGAGGGACGCGACAGGUGCUGCCGGGCCGUCGGCUGCGGGGCAGGCGUCGCCCAAAAAGGCCGUAGCGCCGAACAAGAUCUUUACCAACGUUGGCAAGUACGCGGACACUGCUGUCAGGGUUAGCAGUCCGCUGUCGGCCUCCAUUACCGACGACUCCUUGUCUCUUACAACCACUACUACGGAAGCUUCGUCUUCCACGCCAGCCAGCCACUCACGGGGUGCGUCGGCUCAAGCACGUGCGAACAAGGGAAAGCUCACGAUUCAGACCGGCAGCGGCGAACCUUCGGGUGCUGGUCCUUCGAGCUCGCUAUCUCAGGACCCUGCGCGAGCGGCUUUGAUGCAAGAAAUUCUACGGGCAUCGCCUUCGGGCUCCCAAGCUGAAAUCGGCACACCUCGAUUCCACCGGAAGAAACACUCGUUUUCGGGUUCGCUCACACCGGCCGUGUCUUCAAGCCCCAAGAGAUCCUGGUUUUCGUCGCUCUUCUCGAUGAGCAAACCUGAGCCUCUUUACGUCACCAGUCGCAAUGGCUACGAGCGUACUUUGGAAAUGUUGCGUACACUCCUGACUACCAACGUUGCAUGCGCCCGUGUAGAUGCCACCCGCGACGGCUACAGGUGCAAAUACGACGGUAACGCACCUAUUUCAAGAUCCGCCACCGGCGACGCCUCGGCUCCUGGCUUCAGCAGCGGGAACGCUACCCAGACUGAACGGAUUGUGCUUAAGCCCGUGAAGUUCACCGCGCUCGUCGUUCGAGCCAACGGUGAGCCCGCGUCGUCGUCGGGUGCCGCGAGCGGGGAUGACGAAGAUGCGGAGGAGCCCGGGGAGGGGCCUUUUAAAAUCCAGUUGACCAUAAGCCAGGGAGCGUACUCAGCGCUACAGAGCAUCGCUGCAAUCAUGCAGGGAAUCGCGGACAGUGAGGAUUGGGCUCCACUAGCGCCGCCUUCCUAAAGGAAAAAAAAUCGUUGACGGGGCCGUAGUUUGUGUUCGGUCGGGUUAUAUCGUGCUUGCGGUUUAUGUUUGCUAUAAGGACCCGGUUUACCGGUGGUGCCUUCAGGAGAGAGGAGUGACGGGGGCUCCAGUUUUGCUCCGAACGGUAUUAUCAGCGCUUGCGGUUCUUUGUUGUGAUAAAGGACUCGGGAUUCCCGGUGGUGCCUUUUGAUUAUGUGUAUAUACCAUUCUCGCGGGGGAGGGAGACUGUUGUGGUGCAUACCAUUACGCUGUUGGAAAUACAAGUUUUUGGAAUGCGAAUGAGAUGGUACUGAGGAAAGCCAGACUUCAAUGAUCGUGGAUGGUUUGGAUGUCAUUCAUACUGAAUUUGAGAUGCUAAUCGGUUGCCAGUGAUGGGUAACCGAG